AUGACUAUGGUAAAAAAAGAAAAUCUGUUAGACAUUUCUGAUUAUGUAGACAGGAUCAAAAGACUACAAAUUUUAAGAACCAAUGUCUACCAAGGGAAGCCAUUUAGAGUUGUUAUUAUUGUUAGGAAUAUACAAGAAAUACAAUUCUGCGAAGACCUAUAUAAGAAAGAAGGCUUCACUACGGUAAAAUACUGUAGCACAUUGAGUAAGGAAGAAAAAGAAGUGGCAAGAAAAGUAUAUGAAGGCAGUGAAUAUUCAGUGUUUAUAACCACUGCGGGAAAUUUGGUAGGCGUUGAUCUUCAAACGUGCUCUGUGAUUUUACAUCACGGCCUACCUACCAAUAUAUCCACCUACUUUCAGGAUAUUGGGAGAUUGAAUAGAGGUGGAGGUAUGGCAUUUUCGAUCCUCUACAGCACUUCGCACGUUGAAGGAUCAUUAAAAAGGAUUCUAACAAUAGAGAAUUUUAAUACUGCAUGUAGGAGAUCCUGUUCUGUAUCUACAGUAUCAGAGAGCAGCUACCGCCCAAUUCCAGAAGAAAAAAGAAAAUCUGAUAUAAAUUGGAUAACGCCUAAAAAUAAGGAAGAGGAUGGUUUUGAAGUUGUGGAAUUGGGGCAACAAGCCUUUUUGGAAAUGUUAGCAAAGGACACUAAUAACUGCCUCCACAAUUGCUAUUUAAAAUAUUUGGAUAAAACCUACAUUCCAAAUUGCAUCUAUCGAUGCACAAAUUGUUUAACAAAAAAUAGUGUACUCAAUGAACGUUUAAUAUUAGAUGCAAUUAAAGUUUAUAAAAAUAAUAAGUAUAUCUCUGGAGAUGAAGAUGAAAAAAAAAUUCUUGAAAAUUACUAUAUUGUAAGAAAAAUAUUUAUGGAAUACGAGGAGGAACGAAAGAAAAAAACACCAAGUCCAAAAACCUAA